AUGGCGACGGCAUGGCGGGGAGUCAUGGGGUUGCUGGUGCUGGUGGCGAUGGUGGGAGGAGGCGACCCGAUAGAGGAGGAGCAUCAGAGUCAGACCCCGAUGAGAUCCUGCCGUCAUGGCCGCGGGAAGGAGGAAGGUCAUGUAGUGACCUGGAGGAAGGAUGAGGGGGAAGGGGCACAGGUGCUGGUAUUGGAGCCGGUCCAUGGCGAGGUUGUUCCCAGCGUGCUGUACAUCACGUGGGAGGUUCUCUACUUUGACAUGGCUGACGGCUUCGUCGAGGUCGCAUCCUUCGCCUCCCCAUGA